GGGUAAAUGGCGCUUCCUUGGCAAUGGAUACUGGACAAACUCGCGCGGCAGCCCGAUGUCUCCACCGAGACGCUGCGAGAGCUCGCAGUCUACGUUCCCAAUGCUGCCGCGAUUCCAUCGCUGUGCAAGGGCCUGGCGCUGCGGCAGUUCCAAGAGAUGCUCGUCUCGGAAGAGAUUUUGGAUCGAGAUUGCGGCGCAGAAGAGCUGAUCUUGGCGCUGGCGUCCCCCGACGAAGAUGUUAGCGGCAUGCUUCAACUGAUUGGUGAUGCCAAUUCCAGGACCGAGUUGUUUCGGUUCGUCCAAAGGAAAAGGCAAGGCCUGGAAGCUCCUGUUCUAGACAAGAUUGCUGAUGACUAUACGAAUGGGCUUUACCCGCCUGUAGCAAGGUCGUUGGAGAAGCAGGAGCAGCAAAGAGGCAUGCCUCCAGUCGACGAAGAAAACGAGCAAAACGAUGGGGUACCACCGGAACGUUUGUCUCCAAGGCAUAUGUCCGUCGGGAGUGACGACACCACAGUGGUGAUUGACGGAUCCCCGGACAAGGCAUUCAAGUCUCCCCCACGAAGAGGAAGCAUCGAUGAAGUGAGUUGUGAAGGUGAGAAGAAUAGUGUGGAGAAAAAUGGGACAGAGGAUCACGCUGCACCAUCGGCUCCGCCAGUGCCAGAAAAGCACGCAAAAUUUCAGGAAGGGAGUUGCGAAGGUGAGAAGAACAGUGUGGAGGAAAGGGGGACAGAGAAUCACGCUACACCGUCGGCUCCGCCAGAAAAGCAGCCUUUCGAAGCUCCUAAGAUCAUUCACAGUGGGAAUGUCAGCACACGCAGGUCGAAGAGGAGGAUGCUAAUGGAGGACGACGAUGAACUAUCCCUUUCAGACGUUAAGCCGAAGCUCAAACAAAGAAAGGGGAUGCAUGAGGUAGAAGUUAUAAACUUGGACUCGGACGAUGACCGAGAGGGCUCAAAGGUGGUCGAGAAAAGUAGGCCUGCCGAGAAUGGCCGUGAAGAAGACGAGGAUGGCCGUGAAGGCUCGAAGGCAGUGGAUGAAGAUGAUCCUGAGGGCCCGAAAACAGUCGACAAGAAUGGUCGUGAAAGUUUAGAGACAGGAGAGAAGAACAUUGAAGACAGUCGCGCUAAAGACUCGGACAAAUGCUACAUGUGCGAGCUGCGAGGCAAACUAGUCCGCUGUGACGACUGCCCGAUUGCUCUUCAUCCAAAGUGCAUGGCAAGAGAGCAGAUUCGUGAAGGAGAAGGCUGGUCCUGUCCGAAAUGUGUGUACAAGAAAGCCAUGGAAAAGCUUGCCAAGGCACAGUUAGAAGCGGACCGGGCUAAAGAAAAGCUUGAAAGCUUGACAGCAUCGCACCAAGUACUUAAGCAAGUAGAAGACAAGGAAAAGGAGAACCUGGUGGAACAUCAAGUUCAACUCAAAGUUGAGGAACCGUCGGGCUCGAAAGAUGAAGCUCACGCACGGAAACACCGUGCGAGAAGCAGCAGCUCGGAUGAAGAAGAUGACGAGGACGAUGACGACAGUGAUUAUCCACGAAAGACGAAUUCCAAUGGAAGAGCAUCGAUUCCUAAUGUCCGUCGCAAGAAGAUGGUAUGGAACUCACUGGAAGAAGAAACACUCAGGAAAGGCUAUCAGCAGUACGGCUCCAGGUGGACAACGAUACUUCAAUUCGGCAUGGGAAAGUUUCAUCCCAGUAGAACAGGCCAGGAUCUCAAGGACAAGUGGCGGAACAUGAAAAAGAAGAGAGCGUAACUUAUUUCUCCGGCUGAGCUGAGCUAC